GGGAUUUUUGCUGAAUCUUGGCUCAGAUGGUGUUUCUCAACACCGGUUAGUUGGUCCAGAUGUCGGAGGACCAGCGCCACCAGCGGGCUGAAGCCUCCCAGGGGGCAAAGGGCGAUCUGGAAGCAGGAGAGGGCGACACCGAGCCCAGCAUGCUGCUGCAGAAACUAAAAAGCAACAUUUCUAAGAAUGUUCAGACCAAAGUGGAUCAGAUACUGCAAGACGUUCAACGCUUCUCUGACAACGACAAGCUGUACCUGUACCUCCAGCUGCCCUCGGGACCCAGCUGUGGGGACAAAAGCGGCGGCGACUCCAGUUCGUUCAACACAGCCGACCAGCUUCACACCUGCAACUGGAUCCGGAGUCACCUGGAGGAGCAUUCAGACACCUGUCUACCCAAACAGGAUGUCUACGAGACGUACAAGAGAUACUGUGAGAACCUGCAGCAUCGUCCUCUGAGUGCCGCCAACUUUGGGAAGAUCAUCAGAGACAUUUUCCCAAACAUCAAGGCGAGACGACUCGGGGGCAGAGGACAGUCCAAGUACUGUUACAGCGGCAUCAGGAGGAAGACUGUUCUUAACAUGCCUCUUCUGCCCAACCUGGACCUGAAGAACGACCCGUCCGAGCUGACUGAGCUGGUCCAGACCUACAAACAGGAAGUGACGGAGGCGGCGUGUGAGCUGAUCUGCGACUGGGCGCAGAAGAUCUUGAAGCGUUCUUUCGACACGGUGGUGGAGAUCGCUCGCUACCUGAUCCAGGAGCACAUCGUUAACCCUCGCUGCAGCCAGGCCGAGCUGGUGACCUCUGCUGCGCUCGCAGCCGGUCCAACUAAAACCCACAAGGUCAUCAAGAAAACUCCCGUGGCCUCUAAAGCCGAUGGAGARGAAGCUGCAGAGCAGAAGAAGGAGCAGGGAGACUCGUCCUCAUCCUCGUCCUCACAGAAGCCUCCGUCUGCAGACAAGGCGGCAGCACCAGCCAAACCUCCCGCAGCCGACGGCCCGCCUCCUUCCUCCACCUCUUCCUCGUCCCUGCGUCCAGCGGUGGAGGCGUUCAUGAAGCAGUUACCCAGAAUCCUCCCUCGCAGCUCCGUCCCUGAUAAGACCCUUUCGGUCCACACCUCCCUGCCCUCUCAGGCUCCCAAAGACGCCUCUGGUGUCGGCGGGCCUUCUGGACACGGUGGCUCUGCUGACCUUCACCCCACUGCCAGCAGCGGCGGGGUGAAGGUCAUUGCCAUGGCGGCGCUGCCCCAGCAGCAGGGCGGGCCGGUCCCCGUGAUGUUCCUUCCUCAGAGCUGUCUGUCCUUCGAGAGGGACAAGGUCGCUCCGCCUCCUCCUCCUCCUCUUCCUCUCCAGCAGCAGCAGCACACGGUGGUGGCCCCCACUUCCGUGGUCCAGAAAGCACGGGCGACCACCACCAAGCGCCCCCUGGAGGGCGAGGCAUCCGGCGCGGGCGCCGCCAGCGUGUCCGGCGCCUCGGCCGUCAGCACGUCUCCGGUGAAACGGAAACGAGGACGGCCGAGGAAACCUCGUCCCGAGGACUCGCUUCCUGCUCCCCCCGUUGCUCUUCCUCCUCAGCCUCCUCCUCCUCCCUCUCAGCCAAUCAUCACCUCCCUGAGCGGCGGCGUCAUCCAGAAGGCCUCCUCCUCUUCGUCGUCCUCCUCGCAGCCCGUGGUGGAGCUGGUGAUCCAGGAACCGUCGGGGCUGGUUCUGAGCCAGCUGCCCGCCAUGUCGGACCCGGCUCACCGGUUGCUGGAGCACCGCGGGGUGGUGGUGCAGUGUCAGACGGGUGGGGCGGCCGAGCUGGACCCCCACAGCAGGCCGCUCCUGGUGUUCCAGAGUCCGGGGAACCCGGGCUGGGAGCUGGCCUCGCCGGGCCGGACCCAGAUGGUGGAGGUCAUCCAGAAAGCUCCGAGGCCGAGCAACAACAACAACACGGCUCCUCCGCAGCUCCACUCACCUCCUUUCACUCUGCCCACCCUGCAGGAGGAGCAUGGCGAGGUGGAGAUCACGCUGACGCCUGUGGAUCUGAAUGCCAGCUUUCCUCCCUCCUCCUCCUCCUCCUCCUCCUCCUCUGCUCCGGCCUCCUCCCACUCAAGUUUCUCCUCCGUGGUGGUGAAACUUGAGGACGAUGAAGAAGGAAGGAGUGUUUCAUCAAAAAAAGACGGACUUUAGCUUUUAUCAACUUCCCUCUGGUCUUUUUUUAAAAAUCACUUUUUACCUCACCUGCUAAAAGCCCCGCCCCUUUACCUCUCCUCCUCCUUAAUGGUGGAAAUCCCAGCUUGGCUGCUGCAAAGAGCCAAUCAGGCAGGAUAAAUGAAGCCAAAACAUGGUCAACACUCUGUCCUUCCAUCGCCUCCGCUUGUACACUGCCCAACCGCCGUUAGAAACCUGUGGUUCUUCAAACGCAUGUUUGUCCGUGUGUCGAAACCAGAACCACUUUCCUCCUCCCUUCCUUCCUUCUUGUUAACUCGCUCUAAAAAACAGUUCUGUACUGAGAUUUGUUUGUUAGCUGCAGUGCUUCAUGUAAAAAAAAGAUCAAAACUUAAACAAUGUAUAAUCCAUAGGAGGGAGGGGAGCUGUAAAGGAGGAAAGGAGACGUGUUAAAGUGCUGAGUCAGGCCCAGGAUGGAGUCGGUAGAGACAGAAGGUACGUACGGGUCGGAGCCUUGAAAAGGUUCUCUGUGCUUAAAAAAAACAAAAAACAAAAACGAGCCCUUAAAAA